CCCAUUUUCUUCGCCAUCUUUCUUUCUCCACCUUCCAUCUCCAUAUUCCCCUUCCCCUUAUUAGUAUUCCACCACACACAAACCUUCUCUCUCUAUAUUGCAUUUUUUGUUUUCUUCACAACUUCUCCACCAUUGUCAUUAUUAACUCUUCCAUUUUCUGCAACAAACAUCUCAUCUCACACAAACACCACCGCCACCGCUGAUUAACAUAAGCGAUGGCGCCACGUCUCUGGACCUGCUUCGGGAGCAAGGGGAGCCGCGGCGGCGCUGAGGGAGUCACGCCGGAGGUAUCCGCGGAGGAGCAGGGACGAGUGGGUCCGGUGGUGGUGGAGUUGUUCUCGUCACAGGGAUGCGCCACGUCGCCGGCAGCGGAGCUGGUGCUGUCGCGGCUGGGGAGGGGUGAUUUUCAGCUGGAGGUGCCGGUGGUGGUGCUGGCGUUCCACGUGGACUAUUGGGACUACAUGGGCUGGAAGGAUCCUUAUGGGUCCAGCCAGUGGACCGUUAGGCAGAAGGCCUAUGUUGAGGCCCUUGGGCUUGACACCAUGUUCACCCCUCAGGUUGUUGUUCAAGGUCAGGCCCAUUGUGUUGGAAAUGACGAGAAUGCCCUUAUUGAGGCCAUCACAAAUGCUCCUACAUUCCCUGCUCCUUCAUUCCAGGCAACAUUUACAAGGCCUGCACCAGAUUCAUUACAAGUAUCCCUAACAGGAGCAUUGAAGACGAAGGUGGACAGUAACGGUGCCAAUGUAAUGGUAGCAUUAUAUGAAAGUGGUUUGGUCACUGACUGUCCAAGAGGGGAGAACAAAGGGCGUGUUCUGUCCAAUGACUAUGUCGUUAGAAAGCUUGAAAAGCUCUGCAAUGUCAAAGACAUCUCAGCCAAGAAAACUGUAUUAGGAACCAUUGAUUUUCCUCUGUGGAAAGGAUUCAACAGCAGCAAAUGUGGUGUGGCUGUUUUUCUUCAGAACAGCUCUCACCAAAUUUUUGGAUCACAGAGUUUUCACCUGCCGGAUGAUAUAUGAAAAUGUUAUUGAUUAAUUCAUUAGUUUUAUUUGAUAUUCUGGUUAAUUACAUUGGUCUUGAUUGUUAGGAUGUGUGUACAGUGUUAUAUGUAUUGUGUUAUAGGAUAAUAUUUUGUUCUUUUGCACUUUUCCUUCAUGAUUGAUUGUUGAGAUGAUUAGAAGAUGGAUAGAGAAAUUUAAAAUUGUGGGGUGCGCUAUUUGAUUA